CAAACGGGAUGCAUCACAAGUUUAGCCAAGCACGGGUUUUUUGGUACGCUUGUAAUUGCUUCGAACAACAUUCACGCAGUAAAGAAAACAUUGCCUCUGGUGCCGCCAAAAAUUGUGAAUCGAUUAUUUGCUCGUUUGCACGUUGUCUGUCAACGGUAAACUCGUUUGCCCGUCGUUCGACCGCUUCGCCGCGCUACGGAUGCUUCUGUUUCCGGACAAUCUUCAAAUUUACCCACUAUGAGUGAACCCGCAUCGUUAGGCGUGAAGAAAGAACAGAAAGUUGUGCCCGGUAAGCAACUGCUUGCGACAGAUUCCUCGUUUUCGAACCUAAAUGACGAUGGAUUUCCGGCGGGUCCGUCGAUCAAAUCGCCUACCCCGGCAGAAGACACCACCAUAAUGAGUGACGACGAUACGAAAACGCUUACCAUGCUGGAACCGGUGAACAGGGCAGGAGGGGGAGCGGCGAGGAAGAGCUUUCCUGCUGCUCAGAAGGUCACUCAGAAACAUUCAAAUGCACCUCGUAUAGUACCCAUGAAAUAUGAACUGGUGGACUAUGGCAAAGAUAAAAAAACACCCGACAAGGAGUUGUUUUCGAACGAUAGUAUAAUAGAAAAGAUGCGCAGUAAGCUUAGUAAACAUAUCGAACGGAUUCCGUUGGAUCCCGCACCCGAUAGCCCACCGUUGGACAUGAGCGGUGCGAUUGAGAUACCGCAGGAUCUUAUACUGAGUAACGAUAUACCGCAAACACCGAUCGCGGCACCCGAUUCGAAGGAAAGCAAGUUGGACGAUCACGAUCUGAUCGCCAUACUGGAGGGCAAUGUUGUCGCUAUACGCGAAAAUGCGUCCGAGAUCGAGGUGUGCGUUGGUUCGGAAGAGACAAAGGAAUCUGGUGAAGAGAUGGAAGUUUUGUCCUUUUCGAUUAUCAAUCCGGAUGAGGUGCAGCAGGCCAAAAAGGAACGCGAAAAAGAGAUCGCGCGCCGUCAGAUGGAAAGCUUACCGUUGUUGCCGAAAGUGAGAAAACCGCGCACGAAAACAGUUCCGAAAAGGGGCGUACAACAACCGGACGCACUGGUGGUGGACAAAUACCCAAUAGAAGUUAAAGCAACGCCUGGGCCGGUGGUAAAAUUGCCACCAGGCAUAACAAUCAAAGGACAGACCACGAUAAAACCGUUGGUGAAGAUUCCACUAGACAGUGGUUUGCCGAUCAAGCAGGAACCGCAAACACCGGAAGUAGUGAAAGCGAUGAUAAACAAAAGUUUAAAGGAAAGGCUGCCAAAAGAUUUAACCUUGUCUACGGUAACGGUGAAGAAACCGGUACAAACACCAACCGCUUCACCCGAGAGUUCGCAGAAAAAAUCCCAACUAGUAGAUUCGCUCGUUUCCGACUGGGAUGAUGAGCCGCCGGUUCAGCGUCAGGAUGCGGUAGAUGCACCAAUGUCACCGGAAACUGAAUUACCAACCGUGGACGAGACACCCCAGGAAACCGACGAGAAGCAGCAGUUUAUACCGCCUCCUCCAGUCACAGAACCGAAGCGGGUGAUAAAGCGCAAAAUUAUAUGGGAUCCAUCCGACUCGACCAUACCGUUCGCAAGCUUGGUCAAAUCAAACCGUGCCCAGUCGGCCAAUCUGAAUGCAAAUCCACCGGCAAAUUUGAUACCGUUGCGUCGCAAACGUGCUGAUUCGGUGGCCGUGCGGAUGAUUGACAAUACACCGCAGUUUAGUAUGGUGGCUCCGGUUCGCCAGCGUGCUAAAACACCGGAACUUGGACAGGUAAUGGAACGGAAGCUGGUUCCACCGGUGGCACCAAAAAGCGAGGAGCUAACGAACGACCUUAAGGCAAAGAAACGAAAGAAGAACGAAAUCGAACGCUUGCUUGGGGACGAGGGUGCCAUCAACAUGCUGUACGAUGUCGAGUGUGAAACGAACCGGAAAGAUCUCCUGAAAGAAACGGAAGUGGACACAAGCGACGAGGACGAAAAGUUGCUUGCGAAAACAAAAAUCAUAACUAACGUGGUCAUAAAUCAGAGUAAAUCACCAAACGAAUCGACCGCACCGCAGGGUUUGCGCAUCAGAACGAAACGUUCGUCGACACCGAUGAACAAUGCAGGAACGGCAACAACCAGCAGCACUCAAAACACCACCAAAGCGUCCAUCUCGCCACCCUCGUCAUCCAGUUCGGUAAGCAAUCGGGCGGAAAAAAAGCAACCCACCAAUGGUACAAACAGCAUCCCACCGAUAACGGGUGCACGCAAACGCAAGAUGACAGCAUCGGCCGCAAAGGAGUGGGAAUACGUGUACAAUGCGCAACGAAAUGACGAUGCCAUGAUCAUACGACGGCGCUCGAACAGUUCGUACUCGAGCGGUGCCAGUCCGCGCCGUUUAAGCUUCGACCAAACAAAUGAAGGUACUGGAUUUGGGUCGGAAAAUUCGAGCUCUCCACAAAGCGCAACUAACAGUAAAGUAUCGAACCAACAGCAGCAGCAGCAGCAGCAGGAAGAUGGAUUCAUGUUUGCCAAACCACCGUGCAAGAAUACGAAACCUGUCGGUGUAGCGGCAGCCGAAGAGAUCAAGUUCAAUCCCACGCUGGUGGCUAACAUGCGGGGUAAGCUGACGAAGGUGCUGAAGGGUAUGAAAGGUGCCCCACUGGCAACGAGCACACCCGGACAGGAUGAACCAUCCAAAGGCAGCAAACAGCCAAUUAAACGCAAAGCCGCUCCGAGCGGUUCGAUCGAUGUGGUGGAUUCUCCUUUAUCGAGUAUGGACGAUGCCUUACAAAAGCAGUUGGAUCAACUAAAGGAGAUGACAUGCGUGAAGCAAGGAAACUACGCGGAGAUAGUGCUAGCGUCAAAGGGUGUCGCACAUGAAGCGGGAGGAAACACUUUGACGAACGUAUUUUCACGCGAUUUGAUGCACGGACUGGCCAAUAUUUUGUCUAUGCUGCAGAGGGAUGGAACCGUGCGUGCCGUACUGAUACGAUCGGCCGGUGCCCAUUUUAGCCGCGGUUUAGACGUAGGACAUUUGAUACAGCCAAUCGAAAAGCGUGAAGAAGUGGCGGAAGAUAUGAGCGCUUGCCUGAUGAAGUUCCUGAGAUCGAUCAUCACCUUUUCGAAACCGAUCGUUGCGGCCGUCCACGGGGAUGUGCUCGGUAUGGGCGUAACGGUACUGCCCAUGUUCGACCUGGUGGUCGCCCAGAUGGGUAGCAGUUUCACCGCACCGUACGGACAUUUCGGAUAUCUGCCCGAAGGUUUGGGAGCAUUUACCAGUUGCCGAACAUUGAAAGGAAAAACGACGACGGAUCUGUUUCUGCAGGGCAAACGUUUAACGGCAACCGCUGCGUUGGAUUAUGGGCUGGUGACCGAAACCGUACCGCCGGAGCGUUUCGAAGAUCGUGCACGUUCGGUGACGAAAACGAUGGCCUCCCAAUCCGUCCAAGCAAUGCAAUCAAUUAAACAACAUCUGCGUCGAGAUCUUGUGACCAAGCUGGAGACGAUCCUGCUGUUGGAGAAAAAAAGGCACUCCGAGCAGUGGGUAACGGCAGAGUGUCAGCAGAAGUUUAAGCAGUUCGUAAACAAGGGAGGAGAGCUUUAAAGUUCAUAUUUUUAGCGUGUAAGGAGAACAAUAAUUCGUAGCAUUGUACCACAAGAUCAUGGUGUGUACAGCGACGUGUUUUGCAAUUGGUAGCAUUCGUUUAUACCAUAACCUAUAUUAAUGCAUAAGUGUCUAGGUUUCAGAAAGUUGGUCAAUUCCUUCCUACUUUGUUAAUGAUUUGAAUCGUUGUAGCUUCCAUUAAACCGAAGGUUGUUACGGUAAACAUGUUUAACACAACCCACACACACACAUUCAGUGCCUAUGCCCUUUACACAUAACUUUCAGUUGAAUUGUUAAUGGAGUCAAUCGAUCGUGAUCUUUUUUUAUUUGAAUUUUUAAAAUGCCUUUACUACUGUUUUCUUUACCUGCGGAAUAAGUGGAGGCUAACGCAUUAGAAAUAGGCGAGUAAGAUUUUAUUAUUUAAACAACAAAAAAAAGAAAGGGAAACAGUGCAACCAACAGAUAAAUUGUAAAGUGCAAAUUAAAAAUGAUGAAAGAUAAUCAGUUUAAUUAUACGACCAGUUUACGUAUAAUUUUUUGCUGGUUCGCUGGUAUUCUUUUACUUGAUCAAUUUACGUAUGUUUUUUUUUACAUUAUAUCGGGAUCUUAAGAAUGUUAAGAUGGAAGAGAUCAUUCAUCAAACAAAAUAGGUGACGAA